CAGGGGCGGGGGCGGCCGUUGACCAGGUGACGGGGCUCAGAGCGAAGCCAGAGGCGGGGUCCGCUCACCUCGGCGCGAGCCUCCCUCCGGGUCCCGCCUCCGCCCGCGCAGCUCCCCCUCCCUCCGCGGCCUGGGUCCCCGGCGCCGGGCAGCCAUGAGCGCCAACCCCCAGUGGGACAUCCGCCGGGCGCUGGGAGUGGCCGGGCUCUUCCGCGUGGUGUGCGGGGUCCGGGAGGCCGCCGUGAGCCCGUUCCUGACCCUCUACCUGAGGCAGCUGGGUCUGGCCGCGCCCUGGGUGGGCGUCCUGAUGGGGACCAGGCACCUGGUCGCCGCCUUCUGGGCGCCCUUCUGCGCCUUCCUGGCCCGGAGCCACCCGAGGAGGAGGGCGCUGCUCGUCGGCUCGCUGCUGGGCUCGGCGGGAGCCAGCCUGCUGGUGCUGCUGGUGCCGCCACUGGACGCAGACCUGGGGCCCCGCUCCUGCCACGCCGGCCCCAGCGUGACCCCCGCACUGGCGGUGAACGUCACCCUGACCCAGGAGCGCGGCUGGAGCCUCCCAGCCGAGAGCGGUGCUGGGAUCAGCCACGCCUCCAGCUUCAGGAAAGGACUCGUGGAAAGUGCCCAAGAACCUUCCGGGCAUCUGCCCAGAAGCUUGGUGGGCUCCGGGGAAGGAGCCUGGACCGCAUCCGAAGUCCGCCAUCCUGUCGCUGCAGGGAGGGAAGAGGCGCCCUGGGAAGAAGGUGCCUCGAAGGUGGUCAGCACCGCCCGCCCUUCGCUGGCCGGGGGUACAGCGCUGGCGAGUCCAGCCAACGUGUCCGUGACCCAGGGGGACUCGGGGACCCUGGGCCUGUCCCCGGAAGGGUUGCUGCGGACUUUCCUUCCCUGCGUGGUGUCCUUGGUGUUCUGGGAGCUGCUGGCGGCCCCUCUGGAGCAGGUGGCGGACGACAGCCUGUUUGAGUACCUGGAUGCUGUGGAUGCCACUGACCGGCACCGAACCCUUUGGGCCUGGAAGCCGCUGGGCACGGCGGCGGGCGUGUGCGGCAUCGCGGCCUUGGUGGAGCAGCUGGACUGCUCCCUGAAGGCCAGCGGCCCCCGGGGGGUGGUGUACUUCUACGGCUACGCCCUGGUCAGCGUCCUGGCUCUGCCGGUCAGCACUGUUUUCCCCGUCCCCCUGUGCAGGCGGCGGGAGCCCAGCUGCAAAACCAGCAAAGCGCUGUCUCUGGUGGAGGGCGACCCCCGCCUCCUCCUCCUGGCCAUCACUGUCUUUCUGGUCGGAGCCGUCACCAGCACCACCCAGAACUUUCUGUUCUGGCACAUGCAGGACCACGGCAGCAGCGAGCUGGUGAUGGGCUUCUCCGUGGCCCUGGGCUUGCUGGGGGAGGUUCUCCUCCACCCGUUCAGGGCCACGUUGCUUAGGAAACUGUCCAGACUGGGAACCCUAGGGCUGGGGCUGGGCUGCCUCUCGGGGCAGCUGCUGUACUACUCCUUCCUCUGGAGCUGGUGGUCCGUCCUCCCUGCGCAGGUCUUGAGUGCCAUCAGCCACGGGGCUCUGUGGUGGGCGGUGGGCGCCUCCCUAGAGGACCUGGCCACCCCCGGAAUGGAGAGACCUCUGAGUGCCAUGUUCCGAGGCCACUUCUAUGGGGGCGGGGCCAGCCUGGGCAGCUUCGUGGGCGGCUUCGUGGCGAGGCACUUCAGCCUGGCGGUGCUCUACCAGGCCGGCUGCGCCGUCCUGGGGCUCUGGCUGGUCCUCUUCCUGUCCGUCCAGCCCAGGCUGCCCCAGGAGCCGCGGGUCAGCUACUCGAAGCUGCUGGUCGUGGAGGCGAGUGACACGAGCGACUCGGAGCAGGGGACCGAACGGGACUGUCUUGUGAAGGCCAGUCUGGGAAGGAGCCACAGGACUGGACAGAACUCGGCCUGCUGAGGACAGAGUCCCCGAGUCCUGCCCGGGGCUCCACGGCCUCGGGAGAGAGAGGGCACGUCGAUGCGGAAGCCCCCCAGGUUCCUCUCCUUGUCGGAUUGCAGCUCAAUUUUGUAAAAAGCCAUGGAGGAAAGAAAGCAUUUGCUACAAAAACAAAGUUCCCUCUGUGGUCACUGCCUUUUGGUCUAUGAGGUUUGCCAGAGCUUUCCUAGCACGGAUCCGGUGCUGCUGAAUCCGGCCCUGGCGGGAGCGCUCGGGUCAAACAGGCUGCGCCAGGGUGACCAUGGGGCCUGCAGGGUUCCAGCAGCCGAGGGAGCAGCUGUGCAUUCCUGUGGGUCCUAAUGGGCCUGCGCCUGAUCCUAUUAAAGCCACGCCUGGGCAGGUAAGAGUUGUCAUGAAAAUUAGAACUCCCCCCCCACCACCCGACCCGAUACACAGGUGCCCACACUCAGACCCAGGUACUUAAGUUUCCAAUUAGAGAAGAUGAUGGAGAUGUAAUAUGUCCAGGGGAGAGGAGGUGGGAGUUCAUGAGUUUUCAUUCUUACUCUCAAAUGUGUCACCGGGGAUAGAAUCCUUAGGACUGCCUUCCAUUCUUAUGUCAGAGCAAAGGCAAUGUCAUGUCCUUUGGACUCGCAUUGUACACACUCCCCUCACCUCUGCUUUGAUUAGUGUGCGGCGGCCUCUGUAGGGUUCAGGUGCCACGGGUAGUCCACACGGCACCUGUGCCUAAUCACUCGGUUGGGCACUUUUGCAAACCCUCCCCACAUCCCAGAAAACGGUUUUUUAUUCCAGGGACCAGCCCCCAGAGCCUUCUAUUUUAUAAUCAGGUGGGUGUAGGAUAUUGGGUUUAGAAGGGGCCUCAACCGCAGAAAAUGUCUCAUAGCUGGGGAAAGGAACACACCCAGAAUGUCCAAUGGGUUAGUCAUGGUUCUAGCAACUUUGUUCUUUUAAAAGUUCCU